AAGCUAAGGCAUGUGACUAGUGGUUACUGCGUAGUCAAAGAAGGUCACCACAGUUGCUGCUUCUUUUCUCUUUCCAGCAUCACAGUUAGCUGUUUUUUUUUUGACAUUUCAAAAAGAUGAAGGUCAUCCUUGUACUAGCUCUUGUAGCUCUAGCAGCUGCCAAGUUUGAAUACACACAAGAGUUCCAGGAAUGGAAAGUCAAGUACAACAAGGUCUACGAGACAAAGGAUAUUGAGCUUGCACGUCAAGUCAUCUGGGAAUCAAACAAGAAGUUUGUAGAGAACCACAAUGCUAACUCUGACAAGUUUGGAUUCACCGUUGCCAUGAAUGAGUUUGCUGAUCUUGAUGCUGCUGAAUUUGCAAGUAUCUUCAAUGGUUUCCUUUCUCUUCCUAACAACAGUACUAAAGAUUUCUAUAAGAAAACUGGUGUCAAAGUUGCAGCAACUGUAGACUGGCGUGAGAAAGGUGCAGUAACUGCAAUUAAGAAUCAAGGAAAGUGUGGAUCUUGCUGGUCCUUCUCAACCACUGGAUCACUUGAGGGACAACAUUUCCUUAAGACUGGAACCCUCCUUUCCCUCUCUGAGCAACAGUUUGUGGAUUGCUCAACCAAAUUUGGUAACCACGGGUGCAAAGGUGGAACAAUGGACAAUGCUUUCAGAUAUCUUGAAACAGUUUCUGGUGACGAGACUGAAAUGAUGUACCCCUACACAGCUGAGGAUGGAUUCUGUAAGUUUAGAUCCACUGAAGGGAAAGUUAAGUGUGAGGGCUACAAGGACAUUCCUCGUGAUGAUGAAGAUGCUCUAAGGGAAGCAGUAGCUACAGUUGGCCCUAUCUCUGUUGCCAUUGAUGCUGGGCACUCAAGCUUUCAAUUGUACAAGGAAGGUGUGUACUACAAUCCAACCUGUUCUUCAACUAAGCUGGAUCAUGGUGUACUUGCUGUUGGCUAUGGUACAUAUGAGGGAUCAGAGGAGUAUUGGCUUGUCAAGAACAGCUGGGGACCUAGUUGGGGUAUGGAAGGAUACAUCAUGAUGAGCCGUAACCGAGAGAACAACUGCGGCAUUGCUACAAUGGCUUCCUACCCUACUGGUGUCAACUAAGCCAUUGGACAUCCUGAACUAAUAUAUAUACAUGUAUAUAUAUUAUUGCUAAAUGAUGCUAAUUUUUGCUGCUUUUUGGUAUUA